AUGGCUGUUAGGCAAAGAGCUGUAACAACGCUCCCAAACCUCAUACGCAAUCUCCGCAACGAACAGCCUCUCAAACUCAAGCCUCCCCACAAUCCCUUGCCCUCUCUCCGACGCGCUUUCUCCUUAUACGAUCAGAUCAACCUCAUUGACAAUAUCCCCGAAGACCAACUCCGAUUCCAAGGGUUUAAUGAUACUGGGUUUACUGUAAAUGGUGUUGAGUAUGAAGGAAGUUUGCUAUGUGUUGGAAAUUUGAUCAUGUCUUGGAAACCACAGAAGUUUUCAGAGAUCAAUGCUGAUAGCUUGUCACUCUUUCAAAUUGUCCGCCCUAUUCCAGAGAUUUUGAUUGUUGGCUGUGGAAGGAACAUUCAACAUGUUGAUCCUGAACUUAGACGGUUUAUCCGGUCUACUGGCAUGAAGUUAGAAGCUGUUGACUCGAGAAACGCAGCGUCAACUUACAACAUACUGAAUGAAGAAGGUCGUAUUGUGGCUGCUGCGCUUCUUCCAUAUGGAGUUUCUUCAUGA